UCUCUAGAGGUGUUGUGAAAACAGUAAUUACAGGCCACAUAGGAAAUGGGUAAGACUGGAUAAGACACAAGGUCAAGAAGUAAGAGAGAAGAGCCAGGCAUACAAAGGUCAAUUCCACAUCUUCCAGCUAAAAAUAUGGGCUGAGCUCAAUGUCAGAGCCACCCUGUCAGUGACCACAGGGCAGAUCUUCUGCAGCAUGGGAAAGAAGAAGCCAGAAUCAUGAAGAAAGUUGCUGGACACAAGGAGGUGGAGAUGGGGAGGUCCUGCCCCACUCUGUCCUCCACAUGAGAAGGUCCAGUGCAUCUGGGUCAUCUUAUCAUUAUUCUCUUGACUCCUGAGCACCCCAGGGUCCCUGCACAGGGCUCCUCUCCUAUCUGAUGGCUCUGCUGGUCUCACUUCCGGGAGGGAAUCAGGCCAUGGCUUGGAUCCUGCUUCUGCUAAUGUCAGCUGCUUGUCUGCAAGCUGGUUACUCAGCAGGAUACAACAGAGAAAGACCCUUUGGGGUCAACCAACCAGCACACCUCUCUGGUGUCCAGGGCGGCUCCAUCAAGAUCCCCUUCUCCUUCUACUUCCCCUGGAAGUUGGCAGAGGAACCACAGAUGAAGAUUCUCUGGAGAUGGAAGAACUUCUUUGGGGAAACUAUCUACAACUCCUCUUCGGGUUUCAUACAUGAGCAUUUCAAGAACCGUCUCAUCCUGAACUGGACACAGCCUCAGACAUCUGGAGUCCUCAGAAUCCUGGACUUGAAGGAGAAGGACCAGACAGUGUACUUCUGCCGAGUUAGUCUGUACACGAGUGAAGGCAUGGAGAGGUGGCAGUCAAUUCCUGGGACCCAAAUCACAAUCACUCCUGGUGAGCACAUCCCAGGUCAGAUCCACCCCACCCCCAGCCUCAGCUCUUCCCUGAUGGCCCAGUCUCCUGCUCCUUUCUCCAAACUGACUACCGCCCUGCCCACCCCACCCUCGUUGACACAAAUCCACGUGGAUCUGGCCUCUCCAGGACGGAGCAGCCUUCACCUGGUCCUGUGUCAGGGUCUCCGUUAG